AUGUUUCCACGUCUACGAAUGAUUACAGAGCUCACCCAUACGAGUAAUAUGCGAUUUGUACAGUUUAGCGCUAACAACCCGUACUCCUUGGCUCAAUCCAAGUUUGAAAAGAAUGAGAAAAAACGAGGAUCGCAUAUGCCCUACAUGUUUCGCCUUCCUUUCGCACAAGGUGGAGUAUUUAGUGCCAAUAUGUUGGACAGAUUACUUUACCAGGCCAUUAUCAAGCCGUACGUGGUAACAUUAACUCGCCUACUACUUGGGAUCGAUCAAUCUGCUGGGAGUGGCUAUCUUUCUUCGAUGGUGAUCACAUCUGAAGAUCUAUGGAUCAAAACUUAUGGGCAACUGUACAAGAGACUAUGCUCAUCUGGCGCUAAUAUACCUUUGGGAAUAUUCAGAACAAAAGACAUGGAUACGAAAACGGUUUCUCACGAAAUGGAGGAAAAGUGUCACUUGGUGGAUGUAUCGCAACAGGAAUUGGCUGUAGAACGACGAAAGGAGAUGCUGAAUCAUAUCAGGACCAGAAUGCGAGGCAUGGGAAUGACGGAGGACGAUGAGGAAUCUUUCGAUAGUGUGGAUCCCAUCGAGAGCAGUAACAAAAUCUCUUUCGUCAUAAUCAACCCAACCGCAGAACUGCAAUUGGAAGCCGGUGAUAUUGUAUACGUGUUGUGUAGCCCCGUGAAAGAAGAUGCAGACAGUAAACUGACGAAUCCUAAAAGAGGACUCCGAAGGGAACAGCACAUCGAGGAGAUGACUGUCGACAACGUUGACAACAAUGUAGAUCAUAUGUCAUACGAUGCUCUGUCGCUUCCGUAG